ACUUUUUCAACUUUUGUUUUUUUAAUUUUGGUUUUUAAAAUUUUUCACUACUAAAGUUCUGGUUUUCUUGGCUCUUGAGCUCUCUGACAAUAGGCCGUGAGUGAGUGAGUGCAAUUCUGGUUUGAUAAGCGUGACCAAAAAACUGUACUACACUUUACCUCUGAUGUAAACAAUACAUGCAAAAAACAAGAUAUACCCAGUUGGAAAAUUUUCCUUUUGGAUAAACUAAUAAGUCGGGAGUUUGGUUGUGUUGAAGCCUUCAAAAAACCAUUUCCCACCAACUCUAAACUUACCUUCUCUAUUUAGAAGCUGGCUUUGCCAUCUGGGUAUCUCCUUUUUUUUCUUUUCUGAUCAACUUUAAUUCUCUCUUCUACCAAAUGGAGAUCAAUAAAGAGUAUAUCACUUUCUUGUUCUUCUUCAACAUUUUCUGCUUAUGCCACUUCUCAGCUGGUAUGCUUUCUCCCAAAGGUGUCAACUAUGAAGUUCAAGCUUUGAUGAGCAUUAAGUACUUGCUUAAGGACCCUCAUAACGUUCUUGGGAAUUGGGAUGAUGCUGCCGUUGAUCCAUGCAGUUGGACUAUGGUCACUUGCUCUCCUGAUGGUUCAGUCAUUAGCCUAGGAGCUCCAAGCCAGAAUUUAUCAGGUACCUUGUCUCCAAGCAUAGGCAAUUUGACAUAUAUCCAGAGUGUGCUAUUACAGAACAACAAUAUAUCAGGGCCAAUACCAUCUGAGAUUGGGAGGCUCCAAAAGCUUGACACAAUUGAUCUUUCAAACAACAACUUCACCGGCCAAAUUCCAGACACUUUAUCCCACAUGAAUAGCCUCCAAUACCUACGGUUGGACAAUAACAGCCUUAGUGGAGCAAUUCCUUCAUCUUUGGCCAACAUGACCUGGCUUGCCUUUCUUGAUCUGUCAUACAACAACUUAAGUGGUCCAGUUCCCAGAAUGCCAGCUAAAACCUUCGACGUUGUUGGGAACCCUCUGAUCUGUGCCACGGGACAGGAACCAGUGUGCUUCGGAACGAUGCCGACAACACUUCCAUUUGCCUCCAACAAUUCACAAAAUUCUCAACCUGGUGGGAGACCAAGAAGCCACAAAAUUGCCUUGGCCUUUGCUUCAAGCCUUGGCUGCAUCUGUCUCCUAAUUAUUGGGUUUGGUUUCAUUCUUUGGUGGAGGUACAGACACAACCAGCAAAUUUUCUUCGACGUCAACGAGCAACAUCAUGAAGAAGUUUGCCUUGGUAACCUCAAGAGAUUUCAGUUCAGAGAACUUCAGAUUGCAACAAACAAUUUCAGCAGCAAGAACUUGAUUGGAAAAGGUGGCUUUGGAAAUGUCUAUAAAGGGUGUCUCCGAGAUGGUUCAGUAGUAGCAGUCAAAAGGCUAAAAGAUGGUAAUGCCACUGGUGGUGAGAUUCAGUUCCAGACUGAAGUUGAGAUGAUCAGCUUGGCAGUUCACCGGAACCUUCUCCGGCUUUACGGAUUAUGUAUGACGGCCUCGGAGAGGCUCUUGGUUUACCCUUACAUGUCCAAUGGCAGUGUUGCUUCCCGUCUGAAAGCCAAACCAGCGCUUGAUUGGAGUACGAGGAAGCGAAUUGCCUUGGGAGCUGCGAGGGGAUUGUUGUACUUGCACGAGCAGUGUGAUCCCAAGAUCAUUCACAGGGAUGUCAAGGCCGCAAAUAUAUUGCUCGACGACUACUGUGAGGCUGUAGUGGGAGAUUUUGGUUUGGCAAAGCUGUUGGACCACCACGAUUCACAUGUCACAACCGCCGUGAGAGGUACAGUAGGGCACAUAGCCCCGGAGUAUCUCUCCACCGGUCAAUCCUCCGAGAAAACAGACGUAUUCGGGUUCGGUAUCCUUCUGCUUGAACUGAUUUCUGGCCAAAGAGCUUUAGAUUUUGGUAAAGCAGCAAACCAGAAAGGAGCUAUGCUUGAUUGGGUAAGAAGCUAAACAAGCAUGUUUUCUCUUUCACAGGAGAAGAAACUGGACAUGCUAGUUGACAAGGACCUGAAGAACAACUACGAUCGAAUCGAGCUCGAAGAAAUCAUUCAAGUGGCUCUACUUUGCACUCAAUAUCUUCCAAGUUACAGACCAAAGAUGUCAGAAGUGGUUAGAAUGCUAGAAGGAGACGGGCUUGCAGAGAAGUGGGAAGCUUCUCAGAGAGCAGAGUCAACUAGGUGCAGAGCCAAUGACUUCUCUUCCUCAGAACGCUACUCUGAUCUCACUGAUGACUCUUCAUUGCUUGCACAAGCAAUGGAACUUUCUGGACCAAGAUGAUAAAUAAAACUCAAGAUCGGGUGAAAAACAAUAAGGAAAAGACGAGUUUGAAAAAUGUCUAAGAGGAAUCCAUAACACAAUGUUAUAUUGUAAUGCCAUGUUGGGAAAUGAGUCUUGUUGUAUAUUAUAGCAUAACAUUGGGGGUCCAAGGAGAGGUGUGUAAUUUUACUCGCUGUACAUACAGAAUCUGAUGCGCGAAUUUUAGUGGGGAUGUCCUAAAAGAGGACUUUAUGAAUAAUAACAUUUUAAUGGUUGAAUUUUGUUUGUAUUGUAAAUUCCA